GAGGGCUAGUCUUGUCUCGUCUCUCCGAUGGGGCGCAGCAGAAGAAGACCCCGAAGGGGCUCAAGAUUUGGAAGCAAGCCGCCUACGGGAUCUACUGAUCUGCGCGCGGUUUCCAUUGUCUAGCCGCGUUCGGUCGAAGCCUCCCCCGCGAAGGGCUUUCGAUGACGGCCCCCCCCCUCCGAGCCGGAUGCGGUAGUUCCCCGCGUCAAAGGUCAAAGGAUGUACACCGGUGCGGCGGCUGCCACGCAAAUCGACAAUAUGCCCCUUGACAGGACGCUUUGGAGGCGCCUUCGGCAAAUCAUGGUAUUCUCUCUUUUUCUUGUGUCUCCGGUACGUGAAAUUCAAUACAGCAUGUUGCUCCGCAACCGGGUGUUUCGGGUCUUGGGCUGGUCUCGGUCGCCGUUUGGCGGCGGAAGACGAGGUGGAAUGUCUCGAAGCAUUCCGCGGGGAGGAAGCUCCGGCUUGGCCGCACCGGCCCUCCACGAGCGAAACGGAUCAUCGCUUCCGAAGAGCUGCAAAUCUUAUAUUCGACUUGUGCAUGUCCUCCAUGCCACCCAGGCGACACAAGAGGAACACUACCCGGCCUAUGUAGGCUACCUAGGAGUACCCCGAGUAGCUGCCAUGCGCCGUAGACCUAGGCAGAAAGAAAAAAAAAAGCAUCUCCUAGCUGGCUCCGAGAUCAGUUGAAAGCAGAGAGUUUUCAGUCCUAUCGGGCUGGACCGUUCCGCCAAUCCUGAGGGCUUCUUUGUCAUGAUGCUGUCAUCUGCUUGUAGAUCUAGUUCUCCUACAGUCAGUC